ACUAAGAUCAACAUACCAAGCUUUAGCUAGAAUGGCCUCUGUUACAACUUGCACAGUCAGGAAUUGACUAACAAUAGAGGCUGUGUAGUCUUUAGUCUUGGUCUAGUAUAAAGGUAGGGGUGACAGCAGUCAGCCAACAAGCAGAAUCAGCUUCAGCUUCUACCCUGUGGAACUACUGAGAAUCAAGCAGCGCAACCAUGAAGGUCACUUUCUUUGAGCACAGGAACUUCCAGGGUCGCUCUUAUGAGUAUAUGGGCGACUGUGGUGACUUCUCCUCCUACAUGAGCCGCUGUCACUCUUGCAGAGUGGAGAGUGGAUGCUGGAUGAUGUACGAUAAUCCCUACUACAUGGGAAAUCAGUAUUUCUUUAGGAGGGAAGACUAUUCUGAUUACAUGUCUAUGUUUGGAAUGAGCAACUGCAUCAGGUCCUGCCGUAUGAUUCCUAUGCACAGGGGAUCCUACAGAAUGAGGAUCUACGAGAGGGAGAACUUUAUGGGCCAGAUGUACGAGAUGAUGGAUGACUGUGACAACUGCAUGGACCGUUACCGCAUGCCUCACUGCCAGUCCUGCAAUGUGAUGGACAGCAACUGGCUCAUGUAUGAGCAGCCCCAAUACAGAGGCAGAAUGUGGCACUUCAGGCCUGGAGAGUACAGGAGCUUCAGCAAUAUGGGUGGCAUGAGAUUCAUGAGCAUGAGGCGUAUCAUGGACUCCUGGUACUAA